AGUUGCUUGAAAAUUUUUCUUAUAAUUUCCACGCACCGACUUAUCUGUGCCAAUAGCUUAUGUAAAUAAAAACAUACAAGCGCUAGAGCGUGUAAUAGUUAUUAUUAAAAAAUGAAUUUUCUCUACCGACUGCCUUAUUACAUCCUCGAAGUUCCUAAUUUGAAGCUUAAGCGGCCGUCAUGGUUGGUGAAACCCAGUGCAAUGGUUGUUUUUUCCAUGGUGCUGCUCUCUUACUUUUUAAUGACUGGUGGUAUCAUAUAUGAUGUGAUUUUGGAGCCACCCAGUGUUGGUUCUACCACAGAUGAACAUGGCCACAGUAGACCGGUUGCAUUUAUGCCGUAUCGUGUAAAUGGACAGUACAUAAUGGAAGGAUUGGCAUCAAGUUUUUUGUUUACCUUGGGAGGCCUGGGUUUUAUUAUUCUAGAUCAAACACAUAGUCCAUCCAUGCCCAAGUUAACAAGGAUAUUGUUAAUCAGUGUCGGCUUCAUUAGUAUUUUAGUGUCAUUUUUCACAUGCUGGAUAUUUAUGCGAAUGAAACUACCGGGAUAUCUACAAUCAUAAGGAGUAAAAAAACGAUUAAAAUAUUUAACUUUCCAAUACUCUGAUACUUGAAGUGGAAAGUAAA